AAAGGGAGUGAGAGCUUUAAUACUAAAGAGGAUGAUUAGUGAGUGGCAGUUCAGGGAUUGCUUACAACAGUAGGGAACUGAGGAAAGAAUCCAGACUAUUUUCAUGUAUCGUUCCACAAUGGUGGACACUAAGAGAACAGUCUAUCUUCAAGAAACUCAAGACUCAGCUCUUAAGAGUAUGUAUCCUCCCCUAACCCUUAAUCUCUACCUCCACACCUCCUGUACCACUCUUUCUUUACUUCCAUCUCACAGAAACUGACUAGUGGCUACAAUAGCCAGUGGAACCAAACAUGUAUCCAUUAUCAUAAAAAAAAGCUUGAUUUGGUGAGAUUCUCUCAAUCUUCCUUUUACAGGGAUGGAUCAACACUUAUGCUCGAGAUUUGGUUUUAUUUCAUGAUCCUUUUCAUUUGAAUAAGUUGCUUGUCUUUGGGGCGUUUUAGCCACUUAGACAAAAAGCAGCUUGGUUUUACAAGUAUUAGGUUUGAUGCAAAAUCAAUGCUGUGGAAGUGGAUCUGACAUGAACAAAACCUCUUGUGUUUACUCUGCUUCUGUGUGGUGUGUCGUAUUAUCUUGUACUGGGUGGGUAAUGCACCUGGCGUGCGGACCUGUCAACAUUUCCCAGAAGAGCUGAUGAAUGAUGCAUUUCAGCACCGGGGCCAGUAGACAGCUCCACACGCACAGGCCGCUGCGAUUGGCUGCUGGGGACGGGAGCGUCGGGUCACUCGGCGGAGACACAAAACCGGGCUGAAAUGGGGGGUGGGCACGUCAGUCUCUUUGUGGGUGAACACAUAAGCCUGGACUCACACAGACAGGAUCUUUGGCUGAGAGAUGAGACUUCUGCUCGUGGUUGUGGUGACCGCGCUGGUUGGCGCUCAGGGUGGAGGGAGUGAGAGGGCUCCGCCCGGACCGGCUUCUGAUCAGAGGACCCGUGUGACAGCCGCCGUCCUCUCGGAGCUCCGGAGAACCGCAGGAGACUUCCCGGCGGAGGACCCCAGCCUGUGCUUCACCGCCAGAGAGAGCGACGACCAGCGGCAGCUUCUGUGUAACGACCGGCGGAGUAAGUUCAACUACAACCCGUUCGGCCUUCGCUUCGGUAAACGCACCAAAAGCUACCUUUACAGAAGAGCCAAUAAAAGCGCGAGGACCGAGAAGUUUUCGCCCCUCCAUCUAUUCUCGCGAGAACUUGAGGUUCCUACCUGA